AUGCAAGAGAGAAUGCAGCAGAAGGAAGAACGGGCACGAGCAAAGAGCAAGUUGAAGGUUUCUUAUAUGAUGGACACGCAGAAGGACUCUGAAGAUUCUUCAGAGACAUACUCCGACGACGAGUUUGCUGUUGUUGGUGCUGCUGCUGAGCAGCAGCAGCAGCAGCAGCAGCAACAGCAGCAACAACAGCAGCAGCAGCAGCCGCUGCUGCUGCAGCAGCAGCAGCAGGAGCGCGCCAGGAGCCCUUCUAUUAAAGGCCCCCACCGUAACCGCAGCACUUUAAGCACAACAUCAGCAGCUCCCGAUACACCCAAAGGAAGGGGUUCUAGGCUUACGCAAGCCUUCAAUCAAAACCCUAUGAAGUUAGAAGUUAACACCAAUGAUGAAGAUAUUGAAAGCGAGAGCGAGUGCGAGAGCGUUUCAGUGGAAUUAAAUGAAAUAGACGAUGAAUAUAUGAAUGAGGCCUUUGCGUUUCGCGAGACGAUCCCUGAAAGCCUUCGUGAAGAUGUUAAUGCGGUUGUAGAUAUCAUCAACGAAACAGGUUUAUGCAAACCCAUUCACGAGCUCGUUGCCGCUCUCCUAGAG